GCCCGGCGCCCACCACUCGGGCUGGCGACGUGGCUCAGCAGCCCCGGCCUCCCCCGGCAGCGCCGCGGCCAAUGGGCGCGUGAGUGGGGCGGCCCGAGCCUCCCCCGCUCCAGCUGGGCGCGCCCCUCGCUGGGGAGGGGACAGCGGCCAGGGCGCUGAGAAUCCCUACUGCCCCGCCACCUUCCUCUGCUUGCGACCAUGGCGCGCGGUGGCCGCCUGGGACUUGCCCUGGGGCUGCUGCUGGCGCUGGCGCUGACGCUGCGGGCCAAACCCACUGUGCGCAAGGAGCGCGUUGUGCGGCCCGACUCGGAGCUGGGCGAGCGACCGCCGGAGGACAACCAGAGCUUCCAGUAUGAUCACGAGGCCUUCCUGGGCAAGGAGGACUCCAAGACGUUCGAUCAGCUAAGCCCGGACGAAAGCAAGGAGAGGCUGGGGAAAAUUGUUGAUCGAAUUGACAGUGAUGGAGAUGGUCUUGUCACCACCGAGGAGCUGAAAGUUUGGAUCAAACGGGUACAGAAAAGAUACAUCUAUGAUAAUGUCGCCAAAGUCUGGAAGGAUUAUGAUAGGGACAAAGACGAAAGGAUCUCCUGGGAAGAAUACAAGCAAGCUACCUAUGGCUACUACCUGGGAAACCCCGCCGAGUUCCAAGAUAGUUCUGAUCAUCACACCUUUAAAAAGAUGCUGCCACGAGAUGAGAGAAGGUUUAAGGCUUCAGACCUUGAUGGUGACCUGAUGGCUACUCGGGAGGAGUUCACAUCCUUUCUGCACCCAGAGGAGUUUGAACAUAUGAAGGAAAUUGUAGUUUUGGAAACGCUGGAGGACAUCGACAAGAACGGGGAUGGCUUUGUGGACCAGGAUGAGUACAUUGCGGACAUGUUUUCCCACGAGGACAACGGCCCUGAGCCAGACUGGGUUUUGUCGGAACGGGAGCAGUUCAAUGAUUUCCGAGAUCUGAACAAGGAUGGGAAGCUGGACAAGGAUGAGAUCCGCCACUGGAUCCUCCCUCAGGAUUAUGACCAUGCACAGGCUGAGGCCCGGCACCUGGUUUACGAGUCAGACAAAAACAAGGAUGAAAUGCUAACCAAGGAGGAGAUUCUAGACAACUGGAACAUGUUUGUGGGAAGCCAGGCUACCAAUUAUGGGGAAGAUCUUACAAAAAACCACGAUGAACUCUGACUGCGGCUCAUCCUGUUGUGGCCGAA